GACACGACGGGGCGUGGUGGAAACUUUAAAGCGGCGAAGGGUGAUGGCGUCACGGGAGCGACUACGCGGAAUUCAUGACUGCUGCUGCAGGAGGAGCAGGUGGUGUCGGUUACACUCUCAGGGAUGACUCAGCUGGGUGCUGUAGCAGCUCUUGCUGCCAGCCUGAUGGCAGCUGCUCUCUUCUGUGCAAUACACAAGAUCGAAGAAGGGCACAUUGCCGUUUAUUACAGGGGAGGGGCACUACUGACAUCCACCAGUGGGCCUGGUUUUCACCUUAUGCUCCCCUUCAUAACUUCCUAUAAAUCAGUACAGACAACGCUGCAGACAGAUGAAGUAAAAAAUGUUCCGUGUGGCACAAGCGGGGGAGUCAUGAUCUAUUUUGACCGAAUUGAGGUUGUGAAUUUCCUAAUCCAAAGUGCCGCACUUUCCCCCCCCUUCUCCCUAGUAUAUGAUAUAGUGAAGAACUACACAGCGGAUUAUGACAAGGCCCUCAUCUUCAACAAGAUCCACCAUGAGCUCAACCAGUUCUGCAGUGUUCACACACUCCAGGAAGUCUACAUUGAGUUGUUUGAUCAGAUUGAUGAAAACCUGAAACUGGCUCUCCAGCAAGACCUGACAUCUAUGGCACCAGGACUCAUCAUACAGGCAGUCCGAGUCACAAAGCCAAACAUCCCGGAAACAAUUCGGAAGAAUUAUGAACUCAUGGAGAGCGAGAAGACGAAGCUGUUGAUCGCUGCUCAGAAGCAGAAAGUGGUGGAGAAGGAGGCUGAGACGGAGCGCAAGAAGGCUCUCAUUGAGGCAGAAAAAAUAGCGCAGGUGGCUGAGAUAACGUACGGGCAGAAGGUGAUGGAAAAAGAAACUGAGAAGAGAAUCUCUGAGAUUGAAGAUGCUGCCUUCCUUGCCAGAGAGAAGGCAAAGGCGGAUGCUGAAAGUUACACUGCCAUGAAGAUGGCAGAAGCCAACAAGCUCAAACUGACUCCAGAAUACUUGCAGCUGAUGAAGUACAAAGCAAUUGCUGCCAACAGCAAAAUCUAUUUUGGCAAGGAUAUUCCCAACAUGUUUAUGGACCAUGCUGGGAGUCCCACUAAGUCUUCAGAAGGACUCACUGAGGAGCUGAGGGACGAAAAUUGGCUCGGAGCAGGGAAGGAUUUGUGAAUCUUGUGAGUCCAGCCAAAUGGGCAGCUCGAUCUUUAUUAAUGAAUGGAACUGACAUCUUAGCCACUGUCCUUGAUGUGAUUUCUUUCUCUCUUCUGGGAUGCUGGACAACAGCCAGACAAAACUACUCUCUAUGCUUUUUUUUUU